GAUGGCAAAGAGAAAACCUAUGGUGGUCGUGAGGGCCCUGAUGCCAUGUAUGUCAAAUCAGUAUCUUCCGAUGGUCAUGAAUUUAUUGUAAAAAAAGAACAUGAGCUAACAUCAGGAACAAUUAAAGCCAUGUUGAGUGGUCCAGGUCAGUUUGCUGAGAACGAAAUUAAUAAAGUCAAUUUUAGAGAGAUCUCUUCACAUGUGCUACCAAAAGUAUGCAUGUAUUUCACCUACAAGGUUCAUUCCAUGGAGAUUCCUGAGUUCCCAAUUACACCUGAAAUUGCCCUGGAACUGCUGAUAGCUGGGAACUUCCUAGACUGUUAA